AUGACUCUUCCUGUCACACGGGUGGCUGCUUGCCACUUUGCACCUGUUAUGAUGAAUAAGGAGGCAACGAUGGAGAAAGUGUUCAAUGGGGUGAGUGAAGCAGCAUCCAAGGGUGCAAAUUUAAUUGUAUUUCCAGAAACAUAUGUAUCCGCUUUUCCUUUAUGGGGAGCAUGCAAAGCUCCAAUUGACAAUCAUCACUUAUUCAAACAACUUGUUGAAAGUUCAAUUUAUAUAGAUGGACCUGAAAUUUCCUCUUUGCAAUCACUUUGCAAAGAGUUAUCAGUUGUAGUACUAUUAGGUUUCAAUGAAAGAUCUCGUGUUAGUGUCGGCUGCCUAUGGAACUCAUAUGUCUUGAUUGAUGAAAAUGGAACUAUUGGAGCACAUCAUAGAAAGCUAGUUCCUACCUUUUUUGAGAAGCUCUCUUGGGCCAAUGGGGAUGGUUCAGGUUUGAAUGUUAUUGACUCAAAAUAUGGAAAGAUUGGGUGUCUAAUAUGUGGGGAGAACACCAACUCGCUAGCAAGAUUUACACUUCUUAGCCAAGGUGAGCAGAUUCAUAUAUCCAUUUGGCCCCCUGCAGCAGAUAUGCACCGUCCUUCAGAAGAGACCAAAAGCUUCGACAAUAUUACCGCUAACAAGAUAAGGUGUGGGGCCCAAUGUAUAGAGGGUAAAUGCUUUGGGGUCCUCAGCUCAUCAUUUGUGGACCAAGCAAUGUUGGACUUUUUGAUUAAGGAUGACCCAUCCAAUGCAUCCUUUUAUAAUAACAUGUCCCAAGGAAUAACUUGCUUCUUGUCACCUUCUGGAAAUGAAAUAGGGGAUUCAUUAAGAUUUCAAGAGGGAAUUGCGUAUGCGGAUUUUGACUUAAAUACCACUAUCGAGCCUAAACAGUUCCAUGAUCUUGUUGGUGGGUACAAUCGAUUUGACGUAUUUAAGCUUCACGUAAAUAGAUCUCGUAACAUUCCGAUUUACUUU